AUGAAUAAGAAAAAACCAAACCAAAAAACCCCAAAAGAACAAAAAAGUACCAUUUCACUUAUAAUAAACAAAUUUAUUUCUGUAAAUAUAAGAAAACGUGUAAGCAAAGUUUUAAAAUAA